GAAACUAAACGAAACGGAACGCAACGGAGCUGUGGAGGCGCGAAUAGACUGCAAUUAUUUCCGAUCGGCGAUUGCAAGGCAUGAAAAUUUAACAAAAUUAUUGUUAAUUUAUACAGAGUUCCCGUCCAACUGACAUUUAUUUACGGCUGCCAUACACAAAAACGGCAAUCAAACUCCGUUGAACAGAUCAUCAAGAGGAGGCGAUGGUGAUUGGAGCGAUCGUUCAGUUAAGCAACGACAGUGCUUGAGGCAGGCAGCAUUUCGCAGUGGAACGAACGCCAGACGGAAAAUAUUUGAAAAGUGGCAACUAACUGAAUUAUUUUUAGAAGAAAACAUUAGCAGCUGACAUUUGAGUGAUAUUUUGUUGUUGUGUUAACUAGCAAAAUGACGACGAAAUUUACAAUCAAUGGGCAGCCGUAUACGGUGAAUCUCACCAAUCUGCCACCCGACAUCACUCUGAAUACCUUCAUCCGAGAGCAUGCCCAACUGACGGCCACGAAGUUCAUGUGCCAGGAGGGAGGAUGCGGAGCCUGCGUUUGCGUACUCCGCAAUGGAACCCGCAGCUGGGCUGUUAAUUCGUGCCUCAAACUACUGAAUACCUGCGCCCAGCUGGAGAUCGUUACGUGCGAGGGUUUGGGCAGCCAACGCAGCGGCUAUCACCCGAUACAGAAGCGUCUGGCCAAGAUGAAUGGCACCCAGUGUGGGUAUUGCUCCCCGGGAUUCGUGAUGAACAUGUACGGGCUGCUGGAGCAGCACCAGGGACAGGUGAGCAUGGCGGAGGUGGAGAACUCAUUCGGAGGCAACAUCUGCCGCUGCACCGGCUACCGUCCCAUACUGGAUGCCAUGAAGUCCUUUGCGGUGGAUAGUGACAUUCAGGUGCCCGCGGAAUGUGCGGACAUUGAGGAUCUUAGCCUGGAGGCCCGCAACUGUCCCAAGACGGGAGAGCCCUGCAGCGGCAGUUGUCAUCGUUCCACUUUGAUCUACGAGGAUGGCAGCCAGUGGCAUUGGCCCAAGACAUUGAAGGAGCUGUUUGAGGCACUGGACAAGAUCGGAGAGGCGGAUGAGUUCAUGCUGGUGGCUGGCAACACGGCGCAUGGUGUCUACAGGCGAUCGACGGACAUUAAGCACUUCAUCGAUGUGAGUGGAGUGGAGGAGCUGCAUGGACACAGCACUGAGGGGCAGCAGCUGAAGCUGGGAGCGAACCUCAGUCUGACGCAGACCAUGGACAUCCUGCGCAAGACAUCCAAGCAGCCUGGCUUUGAGUAUCUCGAGGUUCUGUGGAACCACUUGGAUCUCAUUGCGAAUGUUCCCGUGCGAAAUUCGGGCACUUUGGCUGGAAAUAUUUCGAUCAAGAAACAACAUCCCGAGUUCCCAUCGGAUGUGUUUCUCUCCUUUGAGGCUUUGGAUGUCAAAGUUGUGGCCAUGAAGAGCGCCACGGAAGAGCAGCAAAUGGCUCUGGCGGAUUACUUGACUGAUUCCAAUAGGAAAUUGGUCAUCAAGGAGUUCCUGCUGUCUGCCUAUCCCAAGGAUAAGUUUAUCUACGAGUCCUACAAGAUCAUGCCACGUGCCCAGAAUGCCCAUGCCUAUGUCAAUGCUGCAUUUCUGCUCGAGCUGGACAGCGGUUCCAAGGUGAAGAGUGCCAGGAUCUGCUUUGGUGGCAUUCGCCCUGACUUUGUCCACGCCACAGCCAUUGAGCAGUUGAUGGUGGGACACAGUCCCUACGAGAGUGGCCUCAUAGAACAGACUUUCGACACACUCCCAAGUCAGUUCAAUCCAGAUGAGGUGCUGCCCGAUGCCAGUCCGGCGUAUCGGUCGAAAUUGGCUUGCGGUUUGCUCUACAAGUUUCUGCUGAAGCAUGCCCCGAGCUCGGAGGUCGCGGAGAACUUCAAGAGUGGCGGUCAGAUUCUGCAGCGUCCAUUAUCGUCGGGUCUGCAGGUGUACCAGACCCAGAAGCAGAACUAUCCCGUAACCCAGGCCGUGCAGAAGGUCGAAGGCAUGAUCCAGUGCUCGGGAGAAGCGACUUACAUGAACGAUGUGCUGACUCCAUCCAAUACGGUGUACUGCGCCUUCGUGGGAGCCACCAAAGUGGGAGCCACAAUCGAUGCAAUUGAUGCCAAGGAGGCCUGCAAGCAUCCGGGUGUCCUGGCCUUCUACAGUGCCAAGGAUUUGCCUGGCACAAACACUUUCUGUGAGCCAAGUUUUGGCUACGAGGCGGAGGAGAUCUUCUGCGCUGGAAUCGUGCGUCAUUCGGAGCAACCUGCGGGUGUGAUUGUAGCCUUGACUGCCGAUCAGGCUCAGCGUGCAGCAAAACUGGUGAAGAUCUCGUACAGCAAGGCGAGCGCGGACUUCCAGCUGAUGCCCAGCAUUGGGGAUGUCUUUACUGAGGAAAUUCCGGACCCUUCACGCAUCAUUGCAGUGGCCAAAUCGAAGCUAAAGGAAGUGACAUUCUCCGACACACCCGAUAAGGAAGUUCGAGGCGUUUUCCAGAUGGGUCUGCAGUAUCACUUCACAAUGGAGCCACAAACGACGGUCGUGAUUCCCUUUGAGGAUGGUUUGAAGGUCUUUUCGGCUACCCAAUGGAUGGACCACACGCAGGCAGUCAUUGCACACAUGCUGCAGAUGAAGGCCAAGGAUGUGCAGCUGCAGGUUCGUCGCUUGGGCGGUGCCUAUGGCGCCAAGAUCUCCCGCGGCAAUCAGGUCGCCUGUGCCGCUGCCUUGGCUGCCUUCAAGCUGAAUCGUCCGGUGCGCUUCGUGCAGUCUCUCGAGUCCAUGAUGGACUGCAACGGCAAACGCUGGGCCUGUCGCUCCGACUAUCAGUGUCACGUCAAGGCCAACGGCAAGAUUGUUGGCCUGUCCAACGAUUUCUACGAGGAUGCUGGCUGGGUGAACAACGAGAGUCCCAUCGAGGGACACUCCACGCUGACAGCCACCAAUUGCUACGACUUUACGGGCGUCAACUUCAAGAACAAUGGCAAUGCGGUGAUCACUGAUGCACCCAGCUCCACGUGGUGUCGUGCCCCUGGGUCUGUGGAGGGCAUUGCCAUGAUGGAGAACAUCAUCGAGCAUGUGGCCUUUGAGGUGCAGGCGGAUCCGGCAGCUGUGCGACUCCUCAACAUUGCCGCAACGAACAAAAUGUCGGAGCUGUUGCCGCAGUUCCUGGCCUCGCGGGAGUACGACACGCGGAAGAAGGAGAUCGAGGAGCACAAUGCCAAGAAUCGCUGGCUAAAGCGCGGCCUGGGUCUGGCCGUUAUGGACUAUCCCAUAUUCUACUUUGGACAAUAUCCCGCCACUGUGGCCAUCUACCAUAUGGAUGGAACUGUUGUGGUCAGCCAUGGAGGCAUCGAAAUGGGGCAAGGCAUGAACACGAAGGUGGCUCAGGUAGCUGCCUACACUUUGGGCAUCGAUUUGAGCUUCAUCAAAGUGGAGUCAUCGGACACCAUCAAUGGCGCAAACUCCAUGGUCACUGGCGGUGCUUUGGGCAGCGAGAGUCUCUGUUUUGCGGUGCGCAAAACCUGUGAGAUCCUCAACGCACGCCUGCAGCCGGUGAAGAAGAACGGCGACAGCUGGCUGCAGACUGUGGGCGCUGCCUAUGGCAAGUCCAUCAAUCUGAUUGCCUCCGAUCACUACAAGGAGGGUGACAUGGAGAACUAUCAUGUGUAUGGCAUGGCCCUGACCGAAAUCGAGUUGGAUGUGCUCACGGGCAACAAUCAAAUCAAACGCGUGGACAUCCUGGAGGAUGCUGGCGAGAGUCUCAGUCCGUUAAUUGACAUUGGGCAGGUGGAGGGCGCCUUUGUCAUGUGUCUGGGCUACUGGCUGAGCGAACAGUUGGUCUACGAUCGCGAAACGGGUCGACUGCUCACCAACCGCUCGUGGAACUACAAGCCGCCGGGGGCCAAGGAUAUACCUAUUGAUUUUCGCGUUGAAUUGGCGCAGAAACCCAAUCCCAAUGGACCGGGCUUUAUGCGUUCCAAGGCCACCGGAGAGCCGCCUUGCUGUCUGGCUGUCAGCGUGGUUUUUGCGCUGCAGCAGGCUCUGCAAUCGGCACGACAGGAUGCGGGUCUGCCGCGGGAGUGGGUGCGUCUGGGUGCGCCCACCACACCCGAGACUUUGGUGCUGAAUGCGGGACAUGAGGCGACGAGCUUUAGGCUUAAGUAAAUGAUCAUUUUGGUUGGGUUUUUCUUUUGUUUUCUUUACAUAAUUAUUCCAAAUAUAUUUACUCUGCGCUUGGUGCACUUUUUGCCACACAA